AUGAAGUUUCUUACGUUACUCUGUUUCAUAGUGUUUGCCCUGUUUCUUGUGGGAAGAGGAACAGGAGAAUGGUUCUGGAAUGAUGCCCAAGAGCAGCAAUAUGGGCCACAGCAGCAGCAAGGAGAACAGAAUCCGUACGUGUUUGAGGAACAGCAUUUCCAGACUAAGAUCCAGACUCAACACGGAAGAGUGCGUGUUCUUCCUCGUUUUACUCAGCGAUCGGAGCUUCACCGCGGUAUCGAUAACUACCGGUUUGCUAUUCUGGAAGCUGAUCCCAACACUUUCAUCAUCCCGAAUCACAUGGAUGCUGAAGGACUCAUCUUUGUUGCUCAUGGUAAUGGGGCUGUUAGUUUUCUGCGUGAAGACGACAGGGAGAGUUUCAACAUCCGACGAGGAGAUAUUUUCCGGAUUCCAGCUGGAACCACGACUUAUCUCAUCAACAGGGACAACAAUCAUAGGCUUGUUUUAGCCAAGCUCUUGCAGCCUGUUGGUGCUCCAGGUCACUUUGAGAACUUCUUUGGAGCUGGAGGUGAAAACCCACAGUCAUUCUACAGGACCUUCAGCAACGAGAUUCUUGAAGCCGUAUUCAAUACAAGGGGUGAAAGAUUACAGAGAGUUUUCGGACAGCAAAGGCAGGGAGUCAUCGUCAGGGCCUCGGAGCAACAAAUCAGGUCCCUGAGCCAACAGGGAGAAACCGGCGGAAUCUGGCCAUUCCGUGGAGAGUCUGAAUCGAAAUUCAACAUUUUCAAUAAACGCCCAACUCACUCCAACCAGUACGGACGAGUCCACGAGGUCCAGUUCAAUGACUACAGGCAGCUUCAAGACCUUAACGUUGCCAUUUCCCUCGUUAACGUCACCAGGAAUGGAAUGACUUCCAUAAUGUAUAGCUCAAAGGCAACAAAGGUAGGAUACGUGGUCAACGGAGAAGGAUACUUCGAAAUGGCUUGUCCCCAUUUAUCAUCUCAAAGUCGACAAGGAAGCCAGCAGCAACAACAACAGCAGCAGCAGCAGCAACAGGGCCAAGAACAACAAUACGGUGGUCCCGGGUCACAGCGUCAACAGGGAAGUCAACGGGGACAGGGUGGAUACGGUGAAACUCAGGGGCCGCCCCGUUAUCAGAAGGUGAGUUCUCCUUUAAGACGGGGAACCGUAUUCAUCAUCCCACCAGGGCAUCCGGUUGUCUCAGUUGCCUCCCAGAACCAGAAUCUGGAGAUAGUCUUCUUUGAAAUCAACGCCUUCCAAAACCGCAAAUUCCCUCUUGCAGGGAGGAACAAUGUGUUGAACCAACUUGAGAGGCAAGCCAAAGAGCUGGCAUUCGGGGUUUCAGCCAGGGAAGUGGACGAGGUUUUCAACAGUCAGCAAGAGGAGUACUUCUUCAGGGGACCACGUCAGCAGCAGCAGGAGGGAGGACGUGCCGUGGAGUGA